ACCAUCUUCUACUAUGUAUUCAGUAUAUUUAUACUUCAAUAACAACGGCAUAGUAUAGUGUCCUUUUGCUGUAGAAGGCAUCGUCCUGAGCCCAGGCGACAAUCUCCACUGAACGGUCUCUCUCUCAAGCCAAAAACCAGUCUAAAACGACAAUUGAGAGCUUAUUCUUCAAAUCCCAUAAAAAAAAAAAAAGCUCAUUCUGCGAAAAAGGUGAAAUUCCUCGGCCAAUUUUGACACGGUUCUUUCUGGAUUCACUUUCACGCUCCGCCCUCUCGCGGUGAACGCGCCCCCAGAUUCGAUCUCUUGUGGUUCUUCUUCUUUUGCCCUUUCUUUUCCUUCUCUUUUAUUUUUCUUUCUUGCCACUUUCUCUACUUUUCUUUUCUCCUUCUACUUCCUUCCGUUUAUUUCCUCCAUCUCUCCCUAAUAACCAUCACUGCCACUAACACCGCCACCACCAUCAAUAACACCAGUAGCACCACUUCUCUCUGAUCAUCAUAUCACUCUUUCUCUCUAGUUUCUGUCUUUGUAUAAGAUCUGAAGCUUUAGAGGAGAGUGGGCAGCAGUAAUUUAUGAAUCCACAGCUUCUGAUGAUUACAAGAUGGGCGGAGUCACCUCGUCAAUAGCAGCAAAGUUCGCUUUCUUCCCGCCAAAUCCUCCCUCAUACACUGUGGUAGCAGACGAGUCCAGCCCCGGUAAACUUGUCAUUCCGGAGGUCCCGAGGAGCGAUGAAGUGGAUGUUCUGAAGCUCCGGACUCGACGAGGAAACGAAAUCGUGGCCAUUCAUAUAAAACAUCCCAGAGCAUCAUUAACUCUGCUAUAUUCCCAUGGAAAUGCAGCUGAUUUGGGGCAGAUGUUUGAGCUCUUCGUCGAAUUGAGUAAACGCCUUCGCAUUAAUCUCAUGGGGUAUGAUUACUCGGGCUACGGACAAUCAAGUGGAAAGCCAACUGAAUGUAAUACAUACGCAGAUAUAGACGCUGCAUAUAAUUGCCUUAGAGAACAGUAUGGGGUUAAAGAUGAACAAUUAAUACUUUAUGGUCAGUCUGUUGGUAGUGGACCUACAGUUGAUCUUGCUUCAAGGUUGCCAAACUUGAGAAGCGUGGUUCUACAUAGCCCAAUUUUGUCCGGAAUGAGGGUAUUAUACCCAGUCAAGAGGACGUAUUGGUUUGACAUUUACAAGAACAUCGAAAAAAUUGGAAUGGUGAAUUGUCCUGUUCUGGUAAUUCAUGGAACAGCAGAUGAAGUUGUUGAUUGCUAUCAUGGGAAACAGCUUUGGGAGCUUUGCAAGGAGAAGUAUGAACCAUUAUGGAUAAGUGGGGGCGGACAUUGCAAUCUUGAGCUUUAUCCAGAGUUCAUCAAACAUCUGAAGAAGUUUGUGUUGACCAUAGGCAAAACAAAAGCGGCAACAAAUGGCUCUAAGAAAACAACAGUAGAGUUGGAAAAUCAGAACAAACCAUCUGAGAGUGGAACAUCAGAUACUUUUAAAUCGGGUGCUGACCUUCCAGAAGUCUCUAGAAAUAGUUUAGAUAGUAGACUUGAGAAGUCCAAGAAGCCAAAUAAACCUGAAAAGUCUCGGAUGAGCACUGAUCGUGUUGAUAGAUUUAGGAGAAGAAAAGGCUUGGUCUGGUGAUUGCUUAUACAAGGAGCUUCUUCAAUAAAAAUAUGUGCAUGGGUCCACUUGAAGACGUUAUUUAUUUUUAACCCUUGCUUCUGUAACAUGCAUAAAGUCCGAGUGUAAUUUUUUACGUAUAUCUGUAUGUACCUUUAGAACACGAGUCAAAUUAAGCUAAAUCAUGUAUUUUAACUCCUGUAAAAACAGCUUCUCAUUUGAAGAUGAAAAUGUUGUAAUUUCA